CAACGCGGGACAGCGGCGGGUGAGCCCCCAGCUUGGCCCGGCCCGGCCCGGCCCGCUUCUCCCCGCUGCAGGGCUAAGCUUCCCGAGCGAGGAGAGCGGAGCUGGCCCGGGCCAGCCCUGCCCGGCCAUGAUGCUUACGGCGGGCGGCCCCAGCCCCGGGCAGACCUGCGGAGCUGUGCUGGUGACCGCAGUGCUCCUGCAGUCCGUCUGUGUGGCCGUCACCUACCUCUACUUCACCAACGAGCUCAAACAGCUCCGGGACACAUACUCCAGGAGUGGAAUUGCUUGUCUCACCGGGGAGGAAAUUGGAAAUUUUGUCCAGAACCUGGAUCUAAUUGAAAGCCAAGACAGAGCUGCUGACCCCUGCUGGCAAGUAAAGUGGCACCUGGGAAAGUUAAUUAAGAAGAUGAUGUCGAGGAGCUUUGAGGAAAACAUAUCUGCAGUCAACGUUGAGAGAGCCCUGACACUGCCACACACGGAUGGGCAGCAGCCCCGCAGUCCCCCCUACAGGAUCGCGGCGCAUCUGACGGGCAACAGCAACAGGAAGAGUUCCCUGGCCCCACGCACAGAUUCCUUACCCAGAAGAGGGAGUGGACAAAAAAUAAACAACUGGGAAUCAUCCAGGAAAGGCCACUCUUUCCUUCACAACGUGGAGCUGAGAAAUGGAGAAUUGGUGAUACCCCAGACAGGCUUUUAUUACAUCUACUCACAGACUUAUUUCCGUUUCCGUGAAAACGAGAACGAGGGCUCAGAUUUGUUGGCACAGAUCAGGAACCCCAAACAACUCGUCCAGUAUGUCUACAAACUCACCAACUACCCAGAGCCCAUUUUGCUCAUGAAAAGUGCAAGAACAAGCUGCUGGUCUAAAAAGGCAGAAUAUGGACUUUAUUCCGUCUACCAAGGUGGUGUGUUUCAGCUGAAAAGAGAAGACAGGAUUUUUGUCUCUGUCAGUAAUAGUGAGAUAGUUGACAUGGACAAAGAGGCAAGUUUUUUUGGGGCCUUUAUGGUCGCUUAAAAGAUGAAAAUCAUGCUCCAAAGGACCCAGUUUUCCUACUCUGGAUCAGCUUAAAAUGCUAUAAAUAGGGGGGGAGAAGAGAGCAACACAGCAAUGCCAACAAAACCAGAACUCCCCUUUCUCAGCUCACUCAGCACAAGCUCUGGCCCUGCCAAAUGCUCUCCCACCAGCUGGGAAGCUUCCUGUGGGCAAGAGCCCCAUGGAUUUCACACACCACAGGUGAUCCCUUGGGGCAGAACUCCAGGCAGGUAAGCACUCACCACCAGGGAUGUGCUCCACACCAGCUUGGCCAUGGCAAGUGGGAUGGAGGAUGCUUCAGGUCUGGUUACUGAAGUUUGAGAGUGGACAUCACAUUUUAUUUGUGGUCUCCACUGGGACUCAGUCCUGAAUAUUUAGGCUUUUGGAGAGAGCCUUUGCUUCCCAGCUUGCUGUCGAAUUACUUUGGAAGCUUUUGUUUCAGUCUUGAGUUAUACAAAAGCUGAAAGGCUGUCAGAAAAUCCAGCUACACAUCUUCAUCUCAUCUAACCAUCCACUUAAGCACCUAAUUAGUUUCAAGCACAGAAACAGCCUCACGCAGACUAUUCACAUGCUUGAAAUUAAGUAUGUGCCUAAGCAUUUUUCAGGAUCAUGGCUUGAGUAAACACAUUAGUCUGUCUUAAAUCAGGAUAUUGUACAUAAAAACAGCUGCUGAAAUUGCACAGAAGAGGUUUUUCAAUCAAUCAGUCUCUUGAUCAGUGCAUUAUGAUAAUGCUCAUUUCCUUAAUUACUGGGCUGCUGAGAUUUCACCAGGCUUCCAGUAGGUUCAGUAAUAUACUUGCUGUUACACUUGUUGACAGCAAGUACCUGAUUCAGAAAAAAAAGGUGUUUUUUUGUAAAUAAUCUUAUUAGACAUUUGUCACAAAUUAAGCAAGAUGUGGUUCCAUGUUCAUUUGUACUGGUCUGUGUUUUGUAGGAUGUAAUGCAGAAUAAUACACCCUGAUGAUUGAUAUUUUAAGGAAGACAUACGCAGCUAUCUGUACUUGGUCAAAAGCUGCAAUUUGGGUCAUGCUAUUUUGAUUUUGAGGAAUGAUUGGAAAAUUUUUGUAGCUUUCUCUAAGUACAUGACUUUUAAAAAAGUACUGGCCACAAUGGUUUUUAAUUCUUAUGAAUAGAACUAUUUAUAUUAAAAAAAAAAAGGAAAAAAAAGAUUGGCAAGUAUAAGCUGGGUGGGCUAGAUACAUGCAGUAGCAUAUAUCAGCACAGCCACAGCAUUUUCAAGGGUGUGACACCAGUUUGCACCAUGAACACAUUUUGGUCAGGUUCAAGGAAAAUAGUGGGGGAAAAAAAAAAGGUGAAAGUGAAAACAAUUGAGGGACAGGAAGACAGAUGUUAUGCAAAUGUUACUUGACAUCAACUGAAUGAUGCCAGGAGAAAGUCUGCUUGUCUGGUUGUUUUUUACUGGACUAAGGUUGCCGUGGGAACCCUCUCAUCAACCUCCAGGUCUGGUAAUUAAAUCACUCUACAGCCCUUGCACAUGGGCCUCAGGAGUAAAUGUGCAUCAUUCAUCUUACUACUUUGUCAACAAGAAGAAAUGAAUAGCCACGAGCCCCUGCAUUUAUUUCUCCAUUCAGAAAAGCUGUUGCUUCACUGAAAUACCUGUGUUUGAGCAGCAAGAGAAGAAUUUCAGCCACACCUUUCAUUUGUCAGGGUAGAGCAAAGGAACACACUGCCAUAAGCAUAAAAUAGAGUUUUAACUUCAGCCUGUUGUUUCACCAUGGUGCCACGGUCACUUUUUUCCCAGUGUUUCAACCACUAUUGGUUUUUUUCACUAUUUUAAUCAAUUAUGUGAAAUGCUUCAUCGUUCACUGGACUGCUUGGGUUUGCCUCAUUCUUGAAUAGUCUGUUCUACAGUUUUCUUUUGGAUUUCAGUGUUAAAUUCAGAAACUUUCUGCCUGCCUGAGAAGGCUCGGGAGGACAAAAGCAUUCUCUGCACAUCUGGAUACCUGCUCUGUGGGUGAAUUUACUUACAAAUUGACUCAGCUCUUUGACACCAGCACAGGAUUUAACCGUGUUGUUGGGUCUAAAGAUUUUUUUUAGCAAUUUAUUGUAUUAAAAAGUUUGGAGGGUUUUGUGGGGUUUUUUUUGUUUUGGUUUGGUUUUGUUUUAGAAAUCUAUUUUACGAUCUUAUUUGAAAGGAAACUUAUUAGAACUGUGAAGAAGUAUUUGGGAUUUACUGGUGGCAGCUUAGAGCCAGAAAACUCUUCCUAUGGCUAAGAAUUGAUUUGCAGAGGCUGCUGGAAGCAACUGGAAGGAAACCAUGGGAACUCUGCAAAUUUGCAGCUGAUGCUGAGACAAACUGUACACAGAUUAUUUUGCUUCAUCUUCUCAGCUCUCAAUGUAUAACACCAUGCCUGGGAAUGUUCUCAGUUAUUAUCUAUCUUUCUUACCUAAACAUACAUACUUUUGGUCUCUGCAUGGAGAAUAUAUCUCAGCAGGGACUGUACCAAAUAAUCACAUUUUAUUUCUGAUUAAUCCAAAGACAUGAUUGCUAGAUAUUAUCCUGGGGAGAGACUAUGAAGCAACAUCAGGAAGGACACCUUUGAAGAUGACUGGAAAAAUACAGCAACUUUUCUCUGUACAUUUGUACCUGAAUAUUUUUCCUUGAAUGGUAAAUGUAGCAAAUUUUUAUUUGUAGUUGUAGGUUGUGGCAACAUUACAAAUGUUAUGAUUUUUCUACAUUUGUUUUGUAUAAAAG